GCCGCCGCCACCUCCUUCCCGUCCCUGCGCGGCUCCUCCUGCCGCGCUCGCAUCCUGCUCUGCUGCCCUCCUCCUCUCUUGCCUUUGCCGCCGCCUCCCGGCGGAGAGCGGCCCCCUGGCCGUGAGGGGCGCGGCCCAGGGCCGGGGAGCGCCGCCCUGCUGAACGGGGAGUGCUCGGUGCAAGCCCCGACAAGCGGGGUCUGGGCCGGGUGAGCUGCCCUCGGGCUGCGCUCUGUCGGCAGUUUCCCUCCGCCGCGCUUAGCUCGUUCCCGCCGCUGCAGGGAGGGCGGUGGGAGUUAGGGAGUGAAGCGGCCGGAGAAGCCGAAUGGCCAAUAUUCCGGUUGUGCAGCCGCUAUCUCUGUACACACACCGUGUCUGUGGGACCCGGUCCUGGGAGCGCUCCGGGUGCGCGGGAGGAGCCGGGAGCCCGCGGGCUCUGUCCGCAGCCACACCCGCGCCUGUGCUGCGCUGCUCAGCCUGCGCUGGCAGUUCGGGGAUACUGCUUUCAUCCACCCCUUUUUCUGCAGUGCUACUUUUUACAAGUUCUAUAAACAACUUUAAAAAUUCAGUAACCAACCAGAGCUCUAUCUCUUUCUUUGUUAAUACUAUGAAACAAAAACCUACCCACAAAAACUGCAAGUAACUUGCAGCAGUAUCAAAGAAGAAGCAAUGGCAAGUAUAUCUUGUCUGUAGUUGUUCUGCAAAGAAGGGACACCCUGGCGGGGAGGAGAGGCUGUGCUGUUGUUGGGCCACCUUGCAGAGUUUUCCAGAAUUUCCAAAACUUGGAAAAACUUGGUUUUGAAAUUGAACAAAAGACUGAAAUUUGGAAUAAUCUUCACAUUUCUUUGAAUAAUAAGUAACAAUGGAACGAAGGCAAAGAGGAGUCAGUGCUGGACUGCUUUUGCUGCUUUAUCAAAUUUCUCAAGUUGGAUUCCAGAACAUUCCUUCUGUUACCCUUGGGGUACUUGUACUGAAUAUUUUUCUCUUUCUGAAUCCUUUGAGGCCACUGACUGAAGUGUGCCUCAGUGUAAAUGAAGCUGUCCACAGACAGAACUGGCAGCGUUUGCUGCUUUCUCCUUUCCACCAUGCAGAUGAUUGGCAUUUGUAUUACAACAUGAUUUCCAUGCUUUGGAAGGGCAUAAUGCUGGAAAGAAAACUGAAGAGCAUAUGGUUUGCCUACACAAUUGCAGUAUUUUCAGUACUGAUUGGAGUAGUUUACAUAGUGCUGGAACUCCUGCUUAUGAUAAUUCUGGAUGAUCCUUCCUAUGGGAUGAAUUGUGGUGUAGGUUUUUCAGACCUCUGUGAGCUUUCUCUUCAGAGGAACUUUUUCAUAAACAUUUCCAGAGUCUUGUUUGCUUUGAAAGUUCUGAACAACCAUUAUAAUCCAGGAAGAGUGAGCACUGUCCUUGGAUUGCCGAUAUCCAGUAAAUACGCUUGUUGGGUGGAGCUGGUGGCUAUUCAUUUAAUCUCCCCAGGGACUUCUUUUGCUGGGCAUCUGUCAGGGAUUCUUGUUGGAUUGAUGUACACUAUGGGACCUCUGAAAAAGAUCAUGAAAGCCUGUGCAGCUGGCAUUUCUUUCUUCACUGAGCCUGACAGGCCAAGGGACUACUCUUCAGAGUAUUACAGCUAUUAUCCAGAUUAUCAAUACAGAGCUCCAAGGAACUACUUUGAUUAUACAGGUGGGCUCACUGAAGAAGAACAGCUUGAAAGGGCAGUGCUGAACAGUCUUAAUGAAAGAGAUUUUGGUGGAGGAACACGUAACAAUGAGCGGCGACCUUAUGGGUUUUGGUUCCCACCUGAGAACUCAGCAGAGGACAUGAGAAGGCAAAGGCUUCGUAGGUUUGACAGACGAUGAGGUUGGCAGGUGUUGAUGUAAAGUGCUAUUCAGACUUACCAAAAUAUUUACAGAUAUAUUUGUAGUCUGUAAUUUACAGAAUAAUUUAUAAUCUUUCUUCCAUUAUUUUUACUACUUGUUGCAAAACUGCAUAGGAUUUUAUGAAUUCAGACUCACAGUUGGAACUUGAAUAAGAAAUGUGAGAUAAGAAUCAAAAUGUGAUCUUUGGCUGUCUCCAUCUUAAUGCACCUUAAAUGGAAGAAGACUGAUGGUUUUACCAAACUCUUUUUUUCCUUAAAUUAUUUGUAUAGCUUUAAGAAUUCCUUAGCUUUUUGACUGCUGAUGUUCUCAGACAACAGGUUUUCUUCAUCCAUUGCAGCUGAAACGUUACAAUUUCUAUGUAACUUUAAAACUAUGCAAUUUUUCCUUACAAACUCUUCUCAGUUAUCUGUGAUGACUAGCUCAUUUUCUGGGAUUGCCAUGUGAAAUGACACUUGUAAAGAUUGCGUUGAUUACAGUGCCUGGGUCAUGUGAGUCUAGGCUUAAGCUUUUGAGCAGACAAGUAGUUGCAGCUAUCCUUCCCCUGCUGUCCUUACCAAGUAAUUAUUUAAUACAAACUUCAGUGUUGCAGCCUUCCUCACAUCAUAUUAUCUAGAGCUUGGAUGUGAUAAAACUGAGUUGUAACUACUUGUGUUUUCCUAAAGCCUUCCUUAAUAUUUAUGUUUUAAAUCAAAAACUGCUGCCCUUUACAGAGUGAAAUAAUUUGUUAGGAGUUUUGUGUAAAGGCAUGUGGCUAUGCUGCACAAACCAUAUAUUUAUUUAGUAAUAUACUUUUUUAAAAGCAUCUAUUUCCCUUUCUAAGAGGGCUUGGAAAUUUUAUUUUGCAUAUGCUGUUCAUGCAGCUUUGAAAAUUCCACUAUUUCUCAAUAUUUAUCUUGUUUGAAGACCAAUGAGACCUGAGAGUUUGUAGACUUGUGGAGAUCAUGGCUAAGCACUGGCUACCUUGAAUUCUUCAUUUUUGUGAACUUCCUUACCCAGCUGGAGGAAUUGACAGGAGACCUGAGAGCUCAGCUGUCCCUCUGGGCACACCCUCCACAUGAGGCCGUCCUGCCUGUGGCACUGCUGCCUGUUCAUGUUAACUGAUGAACCUCGAGGGGUUUGCUUCCAGUAUCACCCUGAAAAAUCAUUCCUUGUCCAGGCAUUUUAUCCUCAGGGAUGUUCCUUUAAAACUGUUGCAGAGAGGUGUGAUUGCAGAAGAAUAAUUUGGUUAUUGGCUUUUCUCACAGACCUGUUGCAACCUCCUCAUCAGUACUGAUGGAGUAGAGGAUGAGGAUGAGCUGUUUAAGGGAUUCACCAGCCUGUGCUUUAUGAAGUCUACUUUUCUAUGAGGUUAUUUUUUGAAUAUUAAAAACAAUGCUGUAUAUUUCACACAGAAAAAUAUCCUGAAAGGGAAUUUUCUAGUGUAUUCUUUAAAUGAAGAGUACCUACCCUUUCUGUUGGUAGCUAAUGCAUGUAGGGGGAACUCUUGUUUGCUGGGAAAAGCACAAUAUCAGUAUGCAGACUUUGUGCUCGGGGUUUUGGGACACAGCAUGCACAACUGCACUGGGACUCCAGGUACAGACAGAAUGCUGAUUUCUGGUGUGUUUUUGGUUGCUUUUGUAUAUAUGCAAUAGCCCUAGAAUAAAACAGCAGACACUUUUAUAGAAGGCCAGCUUUUUGUUCAGUGAAAGUCUCAAAAACCUGCAUAUUUUUCUCAGCAGGUAAUGAUUGGAUGUAAAUGAGAAGGAUGUAGCAUUGGUUCCUCAGAAAUCUUUUAAUGUUCUGGUCAAAAGUUGCAGUAUAACAUACUGUGUGUGUUAAGGUCUGAUAUUUUAUUUAUUUAAAAGCACAGGAUGUGCUGCUAGUCAGGUAAAAAAUGAUACUUAAGGAAAAUCAAAAAUCAAAAAUUCUAUAAGCACUUGGUUUUGUAAAAUGAGCUUGGACAUACAUGCCAUUAAAUAUUCACAAAAAUUGUCAGUACUAAUAAAUGUUCAGUUGUUUUUACUUUUCUUUUG